AUGAGUGAGCAGCAACACAUGCUCAACAUGUCCCUGCACAUGUUUUCUUUUUCGGUGCUUCUUCUCUGCGUGCUGUUGUUAUGCUUUGCCAGUGCGGCUGUGCACGCUGAGGAGAAAAGUACGCCAAAAGACGUGCAGCCGCCAAAGGAUGCUAAUCUUUUUGUGCCGCGUCGAAGGAUCGUGGAAACACAAGGUCAAAGUAGAGCAUGGAAAUAUUUAGUCUCACCUUCCCUUGCCAGUGCUGGUGGAGUCUUGGUUGCUUUCGCCCAGAGCUACACCAUGCUUGCAUACCCUACUUAUGAACAAAAUUGGCCCAUGUCUUAUGAUGUUGUGGCGGGGUACAUUGACCCUGCAGAAAACUGGUCGUCUUUUGUUGAUGAGGUCCGACUAAACGAAUGGAAGGCGUACAACAUCUUUUACACGGCCCUGCUAGAGGAGCAUAACAACGGUCUGAGAUACGCGUAUGCACCCACAACAAUUGCGAAGGGCAACAGAAUAUUCAUACUUGUGGGAGGGUAUAAUCAGAAAUAUGAUGCUUCAUCGAAGAGGUGGCUUGCACCCUCACAGGGUUUUGAUUUGUUUGUGGGUGAGGUCACGCAAGAUAAAGUCAUCCAAUGGGGCGAACCCACCUCGCUUUUGCCACAGAUCGAACCAUUUGCUAAACAACGUGGCGUGGAGCAGUUUGUUGGUAGUGGCGGCCCAGGCGUUGUGAUGGAGGAUGGCACGCUUGUGUUUCCUGUGACGGUGAUGAAGACACGAGAAAAAUAUUUUCUCUCCAUGAUCAUUUAUUCGAAGGACGACGGCAAAAAUUGGUUGCUUUCACAAGGGAUGCUCCCCCCGCGGUGCACUGACCCCCUCAUCGUGGAAUGGGAGCAGGGGCAGCUUCUCAUGAUUGUGCAACGCUAUCUUCUCUCCAGGGUGUACGAGUCGAGGGACAUGGGGGCAACGUGGAGGAGGGCUGUCAGGAUACUCACACGCGUGCAGCCCAGGUUUAUUUCGCACGUGUUUCCAACGGAUGCGGGAGUGAAGGCCCUCAUCACUGCGACCAUUGCUGGAAAGAAGGUCAUGCUGUACACUCAGAAAGGGAUUCUCCCUGAGGAGAUGAUGGCAAAUAUGCUCUGCAUUUGGGCCACUGACAACAACCGCACGUUUCAUGUCGGGUGCAUUUCCAGGGACAGGAAAGAUGGGUUGGGGUCUGAGAACACCCUGCUGCACUUGAAAGAUGCGUUACACCUUUUACAAGCGAGGAGCGAUCACACGGCAAGCAGCAUGCUUUUUACUUCUUUACCCGAGCAGCUGAAGACGAUCACGUCCGUCUUGGAGACUUGGGCAAAACUGGACUCCUUCCUCUCCAACUCGUCUGUGCCCACGGCCGGUCUGGUUGGGUUCUUGUCGGAUGCAUCGGGUGAAGGAACUUGGAACGACGCGUACCGUUGCGUGAAUGCAACUGUGACGAAUGCAAAGAAGGUUGAAAAUGGCUUUAAGUUCACGGGGUUUGGGUCAUACGCCAUAUGGCCGGUGAACAUGUGGAAGCAUCACAAUGUGCACGGCUUUGUGGAUUACGAGUUUACGCUUGUGGUGACGGUGACCAUCGAUGAGGUUCCGAAAGAGAGCUCUUCUCUUGUGCACGCGAGCCUCGGUGAAGAUGAAAUCACGGCGUUUAUGGCGCUGUCGUACACGACGGAGAAACGGUGGGGGACAGUCUUCGACGGCAUCACGACAACAACACACAACAGCACUUGGGAGCCGGGGAAGGAGUACAAAGUGGCGCUCAUGCUGCAGGGCAACGAGGGCUCCGUGUACGUGGACGGUGUGAUUGUGGGGAGUUCUGACACACUACCAACCCUUGAGGAACCGAGGCACGAUAUCACUCACUUUUACUUUGGUGGCGGCGAAAACAGCAGUGUGACAAUAAAGAACGUCUUUUUGUACAACCGCCAACUAAGUAAGCAGGAACUCAAAACCGUUGACGACUCCCAUGCAACACAGUAG